AAGUGCUUUCUGUUGACAGAACGGCUAUACGCCACUACACAUAGCUGCCAAGAAAAACCAGAUGGACAUAGCAACUACACUGCUGGAAUAUGGUGCUGAUGCCAAUGCUGUAACCAGGCAGGGUAUUGCCCCUGUACAUCUGGCCUCGCAGGACGGCCAUGUGGACAUGGUGUCCUUACUUCUUACUAGAAAUGCUAAUGUAAAUCUCAGCAACAAGAGUGGACUGACACCAUUGCACUUGGCUGCUCAAGAGGACAGAGUCAAUGUAGCAGAGGUUCUUGUUAACCAAGGAGCUGCUGUUGAUGCUCAGACAAAGAUGGGAUAUACUCCCUUGCAUGUUGGCUGCCACUACGGAAACAUAAAGAUUGUUAACUUCCUUCUGCAACAUUCUGCAAAAAUCAAUGCCAAAACGAAGAACGGGUACACGCCGCUGCACCAGGCUGCACAGCAGGGGCACACCCACAUCAUCAAUGUUCUGCUCCAGCACGGUGCGGCGCCCAAUGAGCUCACUGUGAAUGGAAACACUGCCCUCGCCAUUGCAAAGCGACUUGGCUACAUUUCAGUCGUUGACACAUUGAAGGUGGUGACAGAGGAGACCAUGACUACAAUUACUGUUACAGAAAAGCACAAAAUGAAUGUACCUGAAACCAUGAAUGAAGUUCUUGAUAUGUCUGACGAUGAAGUUCGUAAAGCCAAUGCCCCUGAAAUACUCAGUGAUGCUGAAUAUUUGUCAGAUGUUGAAGAAGGUAUUUGUACAUUUUUGUGUUGCAGUGAUAUUUAACUUGAGCCUCUUCCUUUUACUAUGUCUUACUGGAAACUAAUCCUUUCAGAU